AAAAUACAUGAUGGCUGAGAUGAUGGCCGUUGCCACUGUAGAAGUGAAGAAACGCGUAUACGGAACCCGUGGUGUGUUACAAUAAAAAAAAAUCCCCCCUCAUUUUCAUAUAUUUUACUGUUAAUACUUCAACAAAUUGUAACAGUGAAAAGUGAUAUAUUGUUUUAUUGUAUAUAAUAUAAUGGUGAUGAUGAUUUAACCGUGUGUAUUGGUGAAGUGUUGAGGAGUUGAAUGGAAAAAGGGGGAAAAAAAAGGCACCAACUUGGGGCAACAACACACGGCUGGCUGAAACGCGCGUUUAGCUGAUGAUUUUGACUAAUUUUAUGGCGAAGAUUAUGUCUCCCAGAUAUAGAGAUCACUGGAAUUGAGCCAAGGAGUUGAAUAAAUCCACCCGAAAAUCGAAAAAAAAUCAAAUAAAUCUGCAUAAUAAGGAAUAAAUAAGAUGCAAGGAGUUGUGAUCGACAUCUAAAGGAUCGAACAAUGUCAGCAAAUUAUUUUUCAGUUUUAGACUUAGGAUAGGCUUGGAGCCAUCGUAUUAAAUCGUAAAUCUCAUGAACCACAAGCAUAAUAAUCUUGAAGUAACAGGAGAAACUAUGUAAAAAGGAAGAAACAAUCAAAGAACCCAAUGAUUACAACUACAAUCAUAUUCUAAUGAUUCAUUGGUGGCAAUAUUGUUCUCGAUGGGUGAACGAUUGAUGCAACACGUGGAAAAAGAGAUGUUCAUCACUGACAAGUUUAUGACACAAUCAUCAAAAUUAUUGUUCCAGUAUUGCAAACAAUCACUGGAGAACUGUAAAAUGGUUUUUGAAUUAAGUUGUGGGGUAAAAAGGUAAAUUACAUGAAUGUCAGGAACAGGCGACGUGGGUCGCAGAUGCGUUGAGUGGCGCCGUAACGCAAAUAUCAGAUUGUGUCGAAUAAUAAUCUCCUGUUACGCCCGAUUUUUAAGAUAUACUGUGUCAUAUACGGAAAUAGAGUGGUGAAACAUUGAAAGACGAAUGUAAUAAUCGAGUUAUAACGAAGAAGUGAACAAAGUGAAGAAGCUGAUAAUAAAUAGUAAAGCGUAAAAAAUUGCUAAGGUGGCUGAAAAGGUGGCUACCUAGGAUUACGAGGUGCUGCGUGGGCAUGCAGCAGCCUCAGACACGCCCUCUCCUCGGGGACUCUGUAUCCUCCACAACUUCCCCGACUGCAAGACGUAACAACCCCGUUGCUGUGUUAACUCAUCAGCAGCUCCAACAGCUCCAGCAACUUCAAGCCCAGUCGCCAUCAGGCCAGCCCCUAACAUUUGCACUGCAACAAUCCCCCUCCAACAAUGGUCAGGAUCAAACACCAGUUGGAUCAACAACUGGAAUUGGAAAUAAUCACAUCGUAUACCUGAAUCAGCUGAGCCAAUUGAAUCAGAGUACAAUAACCCCCACCGGGACUGGUAUGGGCCUGCCCCCGGCCGCCCCGACAUUCGGGGUGGGCCUCAACAUGGGACUGCCACUCUCCUUACUGAACACCAGCCUCACAUCACUCACCUCAAAUGUCAUAACUACCUCCAAUCCACUGCUCAACCUUGGCAUUCCCAGUUUGAAUUCAGCUCUGACAACAGUUAAUCCAACAACACUAAACACUCUGAAUACCCUGAAUGCGCUCAACUCGAACCUCUCCUCGAACAGUAUUACAACAAAUGGUUUGACUGGAAUCGGUCAAGAUAUGAAUACAGCCCUGAAUCGUUUGAACCAGUCGACAAUAAACAACAGCCUGACGCAGUCUCAAUUCUCGACAAUUUCAACGAGCGACAAUAUCUCCAACAUCUCGAAUCUGACAAGCCUGACAAAUUUAAACAACCAGACAGCAUCUAAUCUAACGCCCCAGAGCCAUGGGAUAACGACAAGUGUUAAUCAGGCCUUCAACCGAACCUCCUUGAACGUCUUGGCCACUGGAAUUCCUACGACUCUCAAUUGUAGCACAGGCUUUCCCUUUCAAACUAUUCAGAGUAUCCAAAGUAUAGCCCCCCACAUUGUCAAUACAAGCAUCUCCCAGAACAAUCCUACCCCAAUUCUCUCAACAUCCCAGAUGACGAAUCCCUCUCAGAUCAACCACUCGACCGCCAGCACAACCCAGAGCCUAAGCUUCUCAGGAACAAUGUCCCAGUGCAAUUUAUCAACAUCACCAGCUGUUGUAUCGAUACCAUCGAUUCAAACAGACUCAAUAAGCCCAGUAAACACAUCGGCUGGCUAUGGACACAGUCAGACACUCUCGAGACAUCUUCAAAAUUCAACACCACAGGGCAAUACUGUCGUCAAGUGCAUUCAGAAUGUCAAUUCACCAGGGAGUCCUUUCUCAAUUCCUAUGAAGAGUCCAGCUUCAAAUAUAGCACCACCAACACCAAGUCCAAGUCCCAACAGAAUAUUGCUGCGAAGUCCAGCAUCAAAUUCAAUGCAAUCGAAUAGAAAUAGUCCAAGUCCUGUUUCAAUGGCGAAUACAUCGACCAGUGGAACUGGUACACCAACAACCGUCCAGCAGAAUUUCACUGUUCAACUUCAGAGUCCAAUGCAGAGUCCCAUGAGUGUUGGCCCAAUUCAGAGUCCAGCGCCAAGUCCCUAUCCACCAGCUAAAAGCCCACAUCUUCAGGGCGUUGGGGGACAAAUGACAGGGGGAAUGACUGGGAAUUUAAAUAAUCGAAGUCCAGCACCUGGUGGCAGUCCUGGUCCCAGUCCAGUCAGGCCGAAUACACCAAUUCUUCAACAGGGAAUGCAAGUUCUUCAAAUUAUUGGUACUCCUCAGUAUCAACAGGCCUCAUCGCAGCUGGUAACGAGAGCUGCACUGUUUGGUAAUCAGCAGAUACAGAUUGCUCAGACAAAAGCUGCUAAACAACCACCACAAAUUCUGCCGAAACCACCUAAUAGUCAGGGAGUGGCGACACCACCGAAACAAAGGGUUGCCACGAGUAUUACUAAUCAGGUGACACAACAAGCACAACCACAAUUGGUGCUAGCUGGCCACCACCAGAACCAGACGGCAACAAUGAUACCAACAGCUCAAGGAUUACUACUAAACCAGGUACUACCGUCAACGGGUCCUGUGAUUGUUCAACAACAGCCCGGCGGCGUUCAACUAAUACUCAGGACGCCAACAAAUGCCCAACAACAAACGCAUACCGCACAGCUGACGCAGCAGCAACUCGUCAGGGUGGUAACAGCCCAGGGUAUGCAGUUGCAGGGUAUUACCCCAACAUUUUUCGCUGUGCCAAAUGGUUUUCCACCACCAGCUCCACCUGUUAUGAGGCAUACUCCAUCGAGUCCAGCACCUGGUAAUCCAGCAAACAACAACCAAAUAGUAAUUCAAAACGCAAUGGUCCAGUCCUCCCAACCUCAUCUGAACACUCAGCCCCCCACAGUCUCUCCCAACCAUCUGAAUCCUCCCCAGCCACCAGUUAUCGAUCAAAAUCUUCUGCCACCACCUAAGAAAAAGGCGAAGAAAAAACCAAAAGCUAAGAAAAGGGACGAGGAACCCCCAAAACUGGAUCUAGCAAGCAUAAUGAAGAUAUCUGGAAUAGGAGAUGAGGACGAUAUGUUCGACACCGAUGUCAUGACCGAACCUGAGCCCCACCCUCCGCCCCUCCAACACAUGGAACCGCCUCAGCUUCCCCCAAUGACGGUUCAACAUUUGGACCAUAAUCCACCCCCUCAAAACCAGCCCCAACCUCAGAAUCUCCCCAUAACAUGUCCCAAUCAAGACCACAACAAUCAGCCAGUUGCUCACCUGCAAAUGCCAGUUCACAGUACCAUAUCUGGACAUUUACGGCUAGCUGUGGGUGAAGAUGGUCGAGUUAUUCUACAUCACACACCAGAGCCCAAUCAGCCUGAGAUAGAUCAGGCAACAGCUCAAGCCUUAAUAAGAUCCCUGACCCAGGGAGGUGGUCAAAACUCUCAGAUAAUCUCUCAACUCCUGGGCCAUGCCCAGAAUCUCCAACAAAAUCAGCAGAAUCAACGUGGUAAGCCUGGAUUGAAACAGCAACAGCAUUUAUCAGGAAAUCAGCCCUCGAAUCAACUGAGCGUAUCACCACCGGGAAUUCAUACCCCUGGCAUGCAGGUUUGUCCGAAACAAACGUUCCAGCAACAACAGCCGCAGCAGCAACAGCCACAACAGCAUCAGCCACAACAGCAUCAGCCGCAGCAGCAGAACAAUUUAAACAUUCCUGGACAAAGAACUAUUGGGUCAAGCCCUGGGCUACCCACAAAUAUCCCCCAGAAGAACCUCCAACAACCUCAGCCUGGUAUUCAAAUAUCAAUAGGAACAGAUAAAUCGAAGAAUGAUCACAAGAUAAAGUCCCAUACGUGUAAAAAGGUCUUCAUGCAGAAUCAGACUGUUCAACGACAGUCACAAAAAUCAUCAAAUCAAUCAUCAAAUGUUAAACAGACUGGUAGCGUAAGAAAUAAUAGAGCCGUCCAACAGCAGAUUACAAAGAGUCCGACACUUCCACAAUCUCGACCUCAUCAGUUGGAUCAACAUAAUGAGCAAAUUAAUCAACAACAUAUCCACCAAAUAUCAACUCAAACAGUCCAGUCAUUGAAUGUUCACCGUUGUCUUGAGCAAAAUGUCCACAAGAUAGCGGUUUCAGGUCUUCAGCAGAACUCUAUGAACAUUUUGGGUGCUAAUACCGACUCUCUAACUCACAAUCUUGAUCAAAACAUGGUUCAAGGAUUUGUGGACACUCCCAGUCCAAUAAAUCAUCAUCAAGAUGACACGCAGUCCUCAAACCUUAAUCUUCAUCACCAAAAAAUACCCCAGAAUAAGCAACAAAAUGUGAUAUUCUCGAGUGACUAUCCCACACCCAUCAACAACACUGUAAUAAACACGAGUGCAGGUCAAACAACGAAGCAACAAGUUCAAAAUCCGGAAUUGCUCAAUUCAGCAGCAACGAAUAUUCUGAAUAAUGCACCGAAAAUAACGCCUGAGAUCCUGAAUGCUUUAAGCAAUCUCAAUCCAAAUGAUCAACUGUUGAUAGCCAAUGCUAAUGGACAAAUGCAGGUGAUAAGCCAACAAUUACUUCAACAACUAUUGACAGGGCAGCUGAAUGCCCAACGUCCCCUCAAUCAAAAUCAGAAUCAGAAUCAGACUCAGAAAAUUGUAAUUGGUGAGACCGAUGGUUCGACACCUCAAAAUCUCCCAGGAGUCCAGAUAAACACCCCCACGAGUCAGAUAAUCGUGAAUAGUUCAGGUGGUGCCCCAACUAUACAAAAUAAUAUUCAGAAUAUUGUUGUUCAGGCGGCGCCCAAUCAGAUGCCUCAUCAAAUACAAAUUGGGAAUCAAGCUUUCCCAAGUCAAUUUAUUGAUAAUUUGAAUCAACAGCAGAUCAGGAAUUUAUCGAGUGGUAAUAAAACAACUGUCUCUAAUACCGCUAAUGCUCCUGUAAUGCACUUGUCCCAAUGCAAUCAGAUUAAUCAAUCGAACCAGUCGAAUGUAAAUCCUAUAACCACAUCCAUAACAACAAUGCCAACAACGCCAACAUCUAAAAAAUCUAAAGUUGUAAAACGAACUAAAGUGACGGUAUCACUACCUCAGACUGGCUAUUCUCAGUGUAUAAAAACAGCACGAACGUCUGUCUCUACGAGUACUCCAUCACUAUCAUCAGUGGUCAAAGAACCCCAAAAUCCUCCCACAAUUCCCAAAACCGAGCCUGGACAAUUGGGAAUCACAGGAAGAGUGACGACAUCAAAUAUUCAAACAGUUGGCAUUCAGACCCAAGGGAAUCAAUCGACUCAAGUGCCCUCAAAUGGUCAGAUGGUCCAGAGAACACCACGAUAUAUUCAGCUGCCAGUGCAAAAACAACAGAUGCUGAAGAGCAUUCAAGCCCAGAUCCAGAGUAUUUCAAGUAGAAAAACAAACAGUCCAGCUGAUCAGGCUCUCCUCGCCAAGCUAUACCAGGAGCAUAAUAAAAUAGUAGCCAGUGGCAAAGUAGUAUCAGCUCCAUCUCUGACAAUUCCAACAGCAUCAGAAACCACCACCAGCGCAGGUAUUUCAUCACCAACAGUAUACACAGCCUCUCAUCCUCUGAAUUCCUCAUCAUUGCUUAAAAAUCAAACAUCAACAGCUCAAACCCAGACAAUGACACCAGCUAUAGUCACGACCUCGUGUUCAGUAGUCACAUCUACCAUCUCUACGAAUGCAAGUAUGCCUAGUGUAUCCGAGCCAAGUGUCAACAAGAUAGAGGGAAUUAAGGGAGGGAUGGAUCCAAGUAUGUCGGCUAUUCACACAUGUCAGGCUAGUCAAAAUAAGCAGAUGGAGCUACCGAAAUUUCAUUCACCCCAGCACAAUCAGCUGCAACAGUCGACUCAGUGUCAGACAGAUCCACCAGAUAUUAAACCUAUUAUUCAAGGAAUGAUCAGUCCUAUCAAGCAGGAAUUGCCAUCACCUGUUACGCAGAUUCAAUCGGCAUCACCUGCUGGUCAGGCGAUAUCAUUAUCACCAAGAAUUUGUGGUAAAGGUUCCAGGAUUCAGAGCCCAGUUAAUGUGGGAAUUAAACCGGCUUUAGCCAGUCCCAGUACUAGCUCUGUACCGGGUGCUCAGAGCCCUAGACAAGGAACCAAAAGGCCAGCAACUAGUCCUAUUUCAAAGCAAAUUAAUCGGGGAGAUCUCAUGGAGCAACAACUGAAGAUCGAUCAGAAUGGGGCAGUUAAUCCAGAUGUUAAUACACCGUUUGGGGGAAAGCGGGAUGCUUGCAAGAGACUUGUCAGAUAUCAUUGCUUCAAUGAACAAGUGCUCAGUGCAAAAGAUCUAGCAAAGGCUGAUGAAAUAUUUGAGGAGACAGCUAAACAUCUGCUGAGUAAAUUUAAUUCUAUGAUGAAUAAGUACACGUAUCUGCUGCUGAUGGAGAGUAUGAGAGAAGUAAGGACAUCUGAGCUCAUGAUGAUCGACAGGGCUUUUGUCGCUGAGGAGCAGGGCAUGUUGGAUAGGUUGAGAGAGCAAGAAGCUAAAGCUACUGAAGAAUUGAAGAAAGAAGAGAAACCCGUAGUCCCAAAAGUGGAGGCAGACCUGACGGAUGAGGAGAAAACCUCGACAAGCCUAGCCAACGUUCUCGUGAAACAAGAGCUCGAUGAUGAUUUUUGUGGUAUGGAUUCACAAUCAACGGAUCCCCAAGGAAGAUUAAAACCAUCGAGUUGCACCAGUGGUGAUUAUGACGAGUGGCUAGAAAUUCAGAAGGAACUUGGUGUAUAUCCAGGUGACACUGGCAAAUGCAAACAUCAAGUAUGCAGUGGAGCAAGUGGUAGUAGUGCUAACGGUGCUUGUUUGUCAACAAAAUCAUUGACAAAAUGUGAAAGAACGCGAGCCAAUGGUGAUUGUCGUUUAAGUGCAAGUGUCAAUCAAAGUACAAUAAAAAAUCUAUAUGAUACUAGUGAUUCUGGACCUAUGGAAUUGGAUAAGCGUUGGUGCAGUGCUGCAUUGAGAGACGAUCUCGAGAGAGAUUUAAUUGAGGAUACUGAUAGUCUUGAUGAUUUGGCAUUGCAAUCACAAUUGCCAGGUACAUCAAUACAGGAUAAUGAAUCGGGACAGGGUAUCAUUAAUGAUCAUGAUGAUAUAACAGCACAGGUCCAAUCAGCUAUCGAUAGUAUUCUCAAUUUGAAAAAAAGGCCAUCAAAUGCCAGUGCUGCUAGUACACAAGUAAGUAGUACUAGUGCAGGUACAACACAAACAUCGGGUAAUAGUAGUGACUCUAAAGACUCUGUGCUUGAUCAGGCUGUUAGAAGUAUACUGGGCUCGUGACCCUCAUCUAAUAAAGUAUUUUAAAACAUUGAUAACUAUACAAAAAUUAUAAAAUAAUGCUGUGUAAAUCAAUUUUUUAAAUCUGAAUUUAUUUCAGUCCAAGUCUCUUUUGUUCUUUUAUAUCUCUUUUCCAUUGAAAUUUGUCGUUUUCAUUAUUAUUUUUUCUUUUCGUUAAUGUCUUUAAACAAAUGAGAAGUAAAACGUAACGAGACAAUUUUUAAGUUUAAGUAAUUUAUAGAGAAAAUUGAUGAAGUAGGAGUAGAAAUUUAAUUUUACUGUCUGAUCACGUAAUUGACUUUGUACGUUUUAUUUCUCGAAAUAAUUGAGCAGCAUCUUAUCAUUUUAUGAGUGAUGAGAAUAAUAACGGUAUUUGUAUAGAUUCAACAACUCAUUUUCAGUGGUAAAUGACAAAUUGAUAUGAUAAAGAGAUCAUAAGAGACCGAAGGGGAUGAUUAUGAUGAUUAAGCCAUCGUGUAAUUUUAUGAUUUUAAAUAAAAACGAUGUACAUGUGGUUGGUAGAUGAAUUGAUACGGCCAGAUGUUGUAAUCUGCAAGUUUGUAAUGUAAUUUUGUAAAAAGGAAAUUAUUUAAAAGAAAACGACGAAAAAAAAAGACACUGACUCGUAAUAAUGAUGAAAUACUGAAUGAUUUAUUUCCCGUUUGGCUGUAAUUCCAAUCAGAGAAUUUUACGGGUGGUACUCCAACAAUUAAGUGAAUCAACUGUAAAUAUUACUUUAAGGUGUAUUAUUAAUUAUUACAAUUAUUAUAAUUAUAUUAAUAUUAUAUCAUUAUAUUUUAAUUAUUACGGACAUAUAACUGAAAUAAUAUUUCUUUGGAUUUAUUAUUGACACGGAAAUGAUGAAAAACAAUAGAAUUAUUGAAUUGACAGGGAAAUGCAUCGUAUCUGCGGCUAACUUGAUACUUUUGGGAAAUUCGGAUAUCAAAUGGGGACACUGGAUUAUGUAUGUAGGUAUUUUUCGGUCUCUUAAGAUUUCGUUUCAUAGUUUUUUAUCGAACUAUUUAGUUGAAAAAACAAAAAAUUAUCACGAGAUUUUCAUCUCGGGUAAUUAUGGCCUGACCUAACAGCCCGAUUCAAGGCUUAAAUUGUAAAUAAAUUCAAUUUUUAUGUUAAGGGUUAUUCAACCAACUGCGUUGAUAACUACUGAUUGUAGAGACAAAUGUUGCCCAUUCAUUGUUGAUGUUUUUUCUUUCACAAGAAAUGUUUCAUUGCAUUUGGUUCUAGAAUCAUUCGUUCUCGCGAUAAUUCUGUUAAUUAGAAAGAGUAGAUAAAAUAUUCAAAAAUGUUAUUUUUCUAUUUAAUAAUGAAAUUAUUUCAGUCGUUAUUCAUUUCAAGGAGAAUGUCAAAAAUUUAAACUAUUUAAAACCAUGUCCCAAACCUAACUGCUAAGAGACGCCCAAAAUUCCAAGUUACGCUACCACUUUGCGACUGAAUUCCCAAAAGAAUUAAGAACGAAAGUUAUUCAAUUAAUCAUGAGUGAGAAAAAAACGCGACAAAAAAAACGAAACAAAGGGGACCCCUGAUUGGUAACUGCGACGUUCAUUAGAAUGCAAAGAAGCUAAAGAAGAAAGUUUGAAGGAAAAGCCACAGUUUAAUUUUAUAUCCAUUACUUACUAACAAUAACGACAUAUGUUAUUUCUUUAAUCAGUGAUGAAGACACAGUCUGAAUUUUAAACUGAUAAUCAAAGAAGGAAAAGCAACAAUUUUUUUAUCUAGAUUUUAAACAAAGGAAAAACCGAAGGAAUCACAAAAAUCUACAUGUUUUUGGGCAUAAAUUUUAGACGACAAUAGGUGUAUUUAGAUAGUUUUUUUCGACGCAUAGAGGUAGUUUACGGAGGGAGGAUUGUGCAUAAUACUUGAAUGACUUAUUACCAAAAAAAUUAUUUAUUCAAAAUAUUAAACUGCAGAAAUUUGCGUGUUUAAUGACGAUAACUGAAACAUCACAUUUGCAAAUAAUGUUAAAUCACUGAAUGAGCGAUUAAAAACAGUGAAAUUUUAAUUUUUAAAAACGGGGAAUUUGAAAUUUUUCACAUAUACUAAUGAAACUGUAUAUUGUGCGAACCAAACUGAAGUUGGUCAUUUUUAAUAGCAACAAUCAUAUCAAUUGUUCGCAUUAGAGAAAUUCGAGUUCAAGUAUUGCGAUGAAAAAUCCUUUCCCCGUGCCCAUCUCUCAAAAAUUUUAACAAAAAACCCCUUUAUAUCGUUCGCUCUGUACAAUACAGUACAAUUAAAAAUAACAGAGAAUGUAGGUAAAACAGAUGAUGUAUUUUUUUUUCUUUUUUUCUUGGCAAACUAAAAAAACAAAAACAAAUUGAAGACUGACAAUUAUACAGACAAAAAAAAUAAAACGUGCAGAACUAUUAAUUACAUUGUAAUAUGAUUAAAAGGAAAGCAAGUAA